AUGCAACCGCCAAAGGCGGAUGUCUUUUCCAACUUGGAGAGAAAGCACCCCAGCUACGCCACCGCAAUACGCGUCGUGGAGGGCGUGGCACUAAAGGCGCUAAAUGCACUCGACCGUCUCUAUCCCGUUGCUGAUCUCAUCUACGAGAAGCUUGUAGAGGCCUCCUUACCGUGGCAGGGGCACGGCUUGAAACACCUUUGGCCGCUGCUUCUUGGUUUUUGCGUCUGUUUCUUUGGUGGCUGCUAUACCUUGCUCAUCGCCUCGGUGGAGGUGGUGUAUCUCACCUCAUGGGAUACCGUGAAGACGAGCCUGUGUACAAUUUACGCAAACUACCGUGCGGCGCGAGAGGCAAGCUUGAAGGACGACGUUUUGGAUGAGGAUCACAAUGGCAUUCCGGACGUGCUGGAGAUUCCUCGCAAUGAACUCUUCUCGCGCAAGCUGGCUGUGUUUCUUCGCUCUGUGGACCCGGUCAGUCUGAAGGAGGCCUUCAGUGCCUUGCUCUUUGCAUUUCUCGCGGUCCUUGCAGCUCUGAAGAACAGGUUCGGCAAAGUGCUGGUGUUUGCCUGCGGUCUUGCCAACGCCAUGGAAGUCUACUUCCCAAUAAAAGACUUUGUUGAGGACGCGUUGCCGCCAGAGCAAAAGAAAUUGGCUGGCAGCAUCACGUUUGUGGUGUUAAACUUUAUUGGCGUGGUAAUUGCAACGGCGCUGCAGCGGCACGUGAUGACGGUGUAUUGCGCUUUGCGUGGUGCGACGAUGCUCGUUGUGAGUGCCAUCGCCCUGGGAAGGGAAGCGGGCAUUGUCGAGGAGGGCGCGAGCAUAAGCAGCCAGCGGAGCAAAAUCCUCGCCGGCGCACUGGCGCUUAUGGGGUUUCUCUGGCAGGCGUCGAACGACUUUUCGGUGCCGUUUCCGUUCAACGUUUUGCUAUUUCCAGUUUCUCUGGCCGAGUGGCUGCUCGGCGUCAUCUUCGCCGCCUCGGUGAUGUCGGGCGCCGUCUGA